AUGGAGGACGAGGUGGUCCUUCGCAAGGCGUAUACCAGCAGGGUGCGGAUCCGAGAUAUCGCGGCGACCCGAGGGGCGACCCUCGUGAUGCUCGGAGACAAGACCCGCGCCGGAGGGAUGACCCCCGCGGUGACCCCCGCGGCGACCCUCGAGGAGAUCCCAGAGGAGACCCCCGUGGUGAUCCUCGCGGCGAUCCCAGAGGAGACCCCCGGACCGCCAGGACCACCGGGCCCGCCGGGAAUGGAUGGACCCCCGCGCCAGGACCCGCGCGACAUGCGGCCUCCGCCGGAUGCUGUGGCGAGGAACGGAGCUGGGCCGCCGGUGCCGCAGCCGGCUGAGGAGGAAGUUGGGCCGUCGAUCCGACAGCGGCCACUCUUCUGUGUUGUGUGUGCGAGUAACAACAGCGUCGCCCGAACUAACAACAGUAAUGCCGGACUCCGUGUGAUCUCUGCGGGCACGGGCUCGGCGGUGCGCCUUCCCGGACCUGCGAUCGACAAGCCGAACGUGUACCGCUUCGGAACCCCUUACGAUACGAUCUACAAGGAUCUCGAGUCCAAGGACCCGAAGCUCUACACUGCGAAUGGGCUGCUGCCGAUGCUGGACCGAAACCGGAAGGUGAAGCUUGCGCCAGAGAAGUGGCAGGAGCAGCGCAACAUCCUCGCCGACGUCGUGAUCACGUGCGAGGAGCGAUGCUACGAUGCAGUGUGCGAUGACAUGCUUGCGCGCGGCGGCGAGUUCAACCGCCCGAUCCACGUUAUCAACGUCGAGAUCAAGGAUAACCCCGAAGAGGCGCAUAUUGCGGGCAAGAGCAUACUCGAGCUGUGCCAGACGAUUGAAAAGGCGCGCGACAUUGACGCGGAGAUGGACGACAUUCUUGUGCAGCACCAGGAGCGGCACCCGCAUGCUCUGCUGCACACUGUGGCAUUCUUCUGA